AUGUGCAAACUUGACGGGCAACCCGAUUGCACAGAUGGAAACGACGCCGAACCUACCGCAGGACGGACCAGACCGUCGAUCGCGGACAUGUACUUCUUCCAGGAGCUCUCACAGUCAAAUGGCCAGGAUGAUGCGGUACGAUGGAUUGCAUCCCAGACCCCAGUUUCUUUGGGAGUUCAGAGCGUUCUCAGUCGCUCCACGUCCCCGCAGAACCGCUCCACAUCUCCACAGAACCGCCGGCCAAGCGUUAGCAUAUCGGAUGAUGGCUCAGGCAAGGACGAGGCAAAGCCUUCCAGUGACAUGAUCGUGGAGGCAGAGAGCAUCAGUCAGGACCUCCAGAACCUGCACGAGGAGCCGCACGCCUCAAAGACAUUGCUGUCCGAGCUCGGCAACAACGCCGGCUUGCUGUUUACAGACGCGGCGCAUAUGUGCUUUGAGCGAUGA